AUGAGGCUGGGCACUGGUCUGCUCGGUCUGUAUUCUCGCACCUCAACCAUGAAAUUCUUCACCGUCGAUGCAUUCACAAGUCAAGUUUUCCGCGGAAAUUCGGCUGCCGUCGUGAUUGAGGUGGGUGAGACUCACUUUCACUCGUCUGGAAGUUUUGAAAUAUGGAUAUCAGAGAUCAAAGCUGGUUUUUAUUGAGGGAGUUGAAGAAAGAUCGCAUGGAAACUUUAGAGUUUCAUUUGGGGGAUAUUAUAAAGAAACCUUCGGAGGAAAAUUGAUGUCGUAAUUGUAGUGUAUGUCUUCGGAUAAUGUUUAACACAUUCAUGAUUAGAUUUAGAGGCUUCAAUGUAACAGCAAAAACAAAUAAAUAAUGCCACUAUGAUGUCAUUCAGUAAAUUUGAAAUCGUUUAGAGGAAUGACAUUCCUGAUGCGAUCAAACAAAAGUUGGCUGCAGAGUUCAAUGUUUCCGAGACGGCGUUCCCUCUUCCCUUAAACGACAAGACGUUCGAAGAAGGUGACUCAGCGAUCUUGACAUUGCUAUCAUUGUAUUUCCUAAUCUUACCAUGUCUUAUUUCAGCGGACCAAUUCUCUUUACGAUGGUUUACUCCAACCAAUGAGGUACCCCUCUGUGGUCACGCUACCCUCGCAACGUCACAUGUAAUCUUUAAUGAACUCGGUAUGUGACAUUUUGAAUGAGGUCGAGGUGAGGAUAAUUUGUAGGUAAUCGAAAUGACGAAAUCCAUUUCCAAACUCAAUCCGGAACUUUGUCUGUAGCUAAGAAAGAAGGCCAACUAUGCAUGGUAAUGCCCAAUUAUGAGGCUUUUAACCUGGAUUCCGUGGAAGCCGCAUUGAGUAAGGAGUUCAGACAGGUAGGGUUACUGUAACUUCGGAUUUUUAAACUAAAUUUAAACAAAAAUAAUUUUGACUGCAUAGAUUAGUGAUUACUUAAUGGUUAAAUACUGAUGACCUAAUCUCCUCUCGACUUUCAGAUGACGGACUUGAACCAGAUCGGGCGUCAAGCUGCUGAAGUAAGCGAUUAACCGGUCUUUUCUAAAAAUCUUUGUUGAUUGUAAUAUGACUCUUCUUUUCUUCCAGCGCAUUGUUCCGCUCGAUGUUAUCCAGCAACUCGCUUAUAAUCCGGAUUCGAAAAAACUUGUGAUUGCGUUGCGGGAUUCGGUUACGUAGUAAGUAUCAGCGGUGAUAUAAUGUGUUUUGUCACAAAAAGAAGACGUUCACUUUUAGCGAGGAAUUCAUCAAGUACAAACCACAAAAUAUACAAGACGUAGACCCUGAGGGGUUAUUCUGUAGAGGUGUAAUGAUUACAUUCUCUCCGAAAGACCCACAGAAACAAGGCUUCCCUAUGGCCGACUAUGUCCUCAGAUAUUUCUCCCCUUGGAAUGGGAUUCCAGAAGAUCCGGCAACAGGCUCAGCACAGUGUGUUGCGGCCCCCUUCUGGGCUAAGAUAAUUGGACGCCAAACUUUGAAAGGUAUAUGAGGACCUGAGGGCCGGGGGAAUUAAUUAACGGUGUUUCGCUGCCUUUCUUAAAUGUGUAAUUAAGCCGGCGCCCGCUUAUUGUUCACUUUACAGCACUGCAAUGCUAUCCAUCGCGUGGUGCCGAGUUCGAGGCCGCCGUCCACGAGAAACGGAUCGAGUUGCGUGGUCAAGCAGUGACUGUGAUGCAGGGCCAACUCCGCGCUCUCCAAUGA